AUGGCGAUUUUGCCGACGCCGGACUUUCUAGAGUGCCAUGAGGCUUUCGUCAGGUCUCUGGGACCUGAAGCCCUGAAGGGUCCGAGGAGACUUCAAGAGAGGCCUUGUUGGGCCUUGAAGGACGUGGACGACGGGCACGUGAAGGCCCCCAGAGCGCUGCACCAGGGCUACGACCACAAAGAGGCGCGGGAGUCGUCUCAGCUCCCUUCCGCCUCCCGUCCCUCCGGCGAAGCUCCGGUCCGGGAGGUGCGGGACUGGCCCCUGCAGCGCUUCGAGGCGCAGGGGAGCGGAGCGUUGCAGCGUCGUAUCGUGAUCCGGAAGCUCCAGGACGCCACCCGCAACAGGGGACAGGUGGUCCUCAUGAAGGACAAAGAUGAGAACAGGUUAGUUGCAGUGAAAAUCAUGCCGAACAGGUGGGUGGGCACGAGCCACUCGGAUUUCGUAAUCGACCACCCCUCGGAAACGGAAUUGCCAUGGCAGGACCUGGGAUGUGUGCGCUUCUUGAACGAUGUUGGCUUCCCUUAUGCCUGUGAUCUGCUGGGUGUGUACCGGGACGCAGAGCACACCUAUGUCGUGACAACCUUCGCGACCGAAGGGGACCUCUUCUCGUGGUGCGAGGGGGGCGUGGCUCCGGGCCACGAGAGGGAAAUAGUCGUUCAGCCCAUUGCGCGACAGCUCAUGGAGGGGAUUCAGCAGCUUCACGACUUUGGGAUCGUGCACCGUGACCUCUCCCUUGAGAAUGUGCUCAUGUCAAAGACAGAUGGUGAUACGAUGACAAUAAAGAUCAUCGACUUUAGCAUGGCCUCGACAGCGAGGUCUUUCAGGAAUUGCAUAAGAGGGAAGGCAUCCUACCAGGCACCCGAGCUGCACACGGACCAGGAGUACGAUGCCUACCUGACGGACGCUUUCUCUCUAGGUGUCACCCUUUAUGCUGUUCUGCUGAAGGACUACCCGUGGCUCUCUACCCGGCCUGGUGGAUGCAAGUGCUUCGAGUAUGUCAAGAAGCACGGUUUCCGAGCGUGCGCCUGCCCGUGA